GAAGUUAAUGACUUGAAAAUGCUCAAGUGUAGUUACUUGAAAUUGUGAACUUGUGACUUGAAAAUGGUUUAGUGGAGCUACUUGAAAUUGUGACUUUGUGACUUAAAAAUGGUUAAGUGUAGCUACUUAAAAUGUGAAGUUAAUGUCUUGAAAAUGCUUUUAGUUACCUGAAAUUGUGACUUUGUGACUUAAAAAUGGUUUAAGUGUAGCUACUUGAAAUGUGAAGUUAAUGAGUUGAAAAUGCUUAAGUAUAGUUACUUGAAAUUGUGAAAUUAUGACUUAAAAAUGCUUAAGUGUAGCUACUUGAAAUGUGAAGUUAAUGACUUGAUUUUUAUAUGCUUUAAUGUAAAGUUGCUUAUUAUUGAAUAUAUAUAUUUUUGUAGAUGGAUCAUCGUUUGUGGAUGUAUGAUAUGGACUAUGAAAAUGUUGGUGGUUUAAAAUCCCAAUAUCUUGAUGGCGUUAGAGGUUUUAUUGAUCAUGCGAUGUCACUAGAUCUAUUUCAAAAAAAUGGAGUGGUUAGGUGUCCUUGUAGUUCAUGUAGGUGCUUGAAGUUUUUUCAACCAGAUAUAGUUAUGACUCAUCUCUAUCGUAAUGGAUUUAAGCCAAGAUAUUUUGUGUGGGUCGAUCACGGAGAGAUAGAUGGUUUAAAUGGUAUAUUUUAUAAUUCGUUGCUUGUGGAUGAAUAUGAUAUGCUUGUGCAUGGUCGACAUGCUAGAGCUCAACAUAGGGUGCAACACGAUAGGGUACAACAUGGGGAUAGGAUUUAUGAAAUGGUCAAUGAUGCUUUUGGUAUUGGGGAUGGGACGGAACCCGAACAAAAUUUAAAAGAAGAUCCCAAUGAAGAAGCAAGAGGUUUCUAUCAACAAUUAGAAAAGGCUAGUCACCCACUAUGUGAAGGGAGUCUGCAUUCUGCUUUAUCUGUUGCAGUUAGAUUAAUGAGUAUCAAAUCUGAUUGGAAUAUUGCUCAAGCUGCUAUGGACUCUAUGGUCGGUCUUUUGGGUGAACUAGUAAAUCCAGAGUUGAACAUACCUCAGAAUUUUUAUCAAGCAAAGAAAUUGGUUUCCAAGUUGGGAUUGUCAUAUAGUAGAAUCCAUUGUUGUAUAAAUGGUUGUAUGUUGUUCUAUAAGAAUGAUGCUGAAUUAGAAAAUUGUAAGUUUUGUGGACAUGGUCGUUAUAAGUGGACUCCCGGUGGAAAGAUGGUUUCUAUUAAGGCGAUGAACUAUUUACCUCUUAUACCUAGGCUAAAGAGGUUGUAUGCUUCGAUGAAAUCUUCCCCACACAUGAAAUGGCACCAUGAAAAUAGAAGGCCACUGGGUAUCUUGUCAUCCAUCAAAUGGAGAGGCUUGGAAGCAUUUCGAUAAAACUUAUCCUGAUUUUGCUAGUGAACCAAGAAAUGUUAGAUUGGGGAUGUGUGCAGAUGGUUUCACACUAUUCUCUAAUUCUAGCACACCUUAUUCUUGUUGGCCUGUAUUUAUUACUCCAUAUAAUCUCCCACCUAAAAUGUGCAUGACAAGUCCCUACAUAUUUCUAAGUUGUAUUAUUCCAGGUCCCCGCAAUCCAAAAAGUUUGAUCGAUGUAUAUCUCCAGCCAUUGAUAGAUGAAUUACUACAAUUAUGGCAUGAUAGUGUAGUGACACAUGAUAUAUCAACUAAGCAGAAUUUUGUUAUUCGUGCCAAUUUAAUGUGGACUAUUAGCGAUUGUCCUGCAUAUGGGAUGUUGUCUGGUUGGAUGACUGCUGGAAAGUUAGCUUGCCCAUAUUGCAUGGAAAAUAGUAAAGCAUUCACUUUAAAGUAUGGUCGAAAAAAUUCUUGGUUUGAUUGUCACCGCCAGUUCUUAUCAAUGGACCACGAGUUUAAAAGGAUGAAAAAUGCGUUCAGAAAGAAUAAGAUUGAGAAUGAUUCGCCACUUCCAUUACUAUCAGGACAUCAGAUUUGGGAGAGAGUUUGUAAUUUGCUAAAGUUACAGAUGGUCCACCUUCUAGACUUCCUGGAUAUGGUGUUGAAUAUAGUUGGACCAAAUAAAACAUAUUUUGGGAGUUGCCAUAUUUGGGGGACAAUAAACUAAGACAUAAUCUUGAUUCGAUGCACAUUGAAAAAAAUUAUUUUGAUAAUUUAUUCAACACAGUCAUGUAUGUUAAGGGCAAGACAAAAGAUAAUUCAAAAGUUAGAAUGGAUAUAAAGGAGUAUUGCAAGAGAAAGGAAUUGUGGUUGAAGGAAAAAGAAAAUGUUAAAUUGUUUAAGCCCAAGGGCAGUUUUUCAUUCACAUUAGAUGAGAAAUGGGAAAUAUGUGAGUGGGUUAAAAAUUUGAGUAUGCCCGAGGGCUAUGCUUCGAAUUUAGGAAAACAAGCGGAUAUGGAAGAAGGGAAGUUGAUUGGUAUGAAAAGCCAUGAUUGUCACGUUUUUAUGGAAACCUUGAUUCCUAUCGCAUUUAGCCACCUUCCUGAGAGGAUAUGGAAACCAAUCACAGUGAUAAGUUUGUUCUUCAAAGAUUUGUGUUCGGAAAAGUUGUUAGAGAGUAGUUUGGACAGAAUGGAGCAGAAUAUUCCUAUCAUCACUACUAAGUUGGUGAAGAUCUUUCCAUGUGGCUUUUUUGAUGUGAUGGAGCAUCUUUCAAUUCACCUCGUAGAAGAGGCACGUCUUGGAGGCCCAGUUCAAAUGAGGUGGAUGUAUCCAGGAGAGAGGUAAAUUUUUUAAAAUGAAUGCCAUCAUUUUCUUAAAAGAAUUACUUUUAUCUACCUAAGAUAAAAUUAUGCAGGAAAAUUGGCGAGUGCAAACAAACUAUUAAGCAAAGGGAAAAGAUUGAAGGAUCAAGUUGUGAAGCUUAUCUUGCAAAAGAAACUGCUUAUUUUUGUUCAUACUACUUUGGGGAUGAAGUGCCAUGCAAGAGAAAUAGGUCCAAUCGUAAUGAUGAAGGUGAUGGUGAUCCUAUGUUUCCACUUAUAUCGAUUUUUAACAAUUCGGGUAAAGGAUCUAAAAGUUAUUGUACGUGAGCCCUCACUGGGAUGGAAAGAAAAUCUAUUGUCACACAUGUUUUGCUCAAUUGUUCAGAGAUUCAAUCAUAUCUUGAGUAAGUGUUAAUGAUGUUAUCAAAAUUAUAUUAAGAAGUUUAGGACAAUUCACUAAUAAAAAAAUCUUAAUGAUGUAUACUUGACAGUUUAUUCAUUGGGAAAUGGGGUAAUGAUGCCAUAUAUUCGAGGUUUUCCGAUUGGCUGGAAGAAUACGUCAGUAUGAUAGAUCAUAUGUGCAUUUACUAAAAUUAUAUAUAGGUCAUUUAAUAAAAUUUAUAUUUUGAUUUAACGAUAUGUAGGUUUUGGAUGAACAUAGUAUCGUCGAACAUUUGCCAUUGGUGAGAGAUUAUAUUUGGUCCUGCAACUCAAAUUCGGACAAUGAAUAAAUAUUGUGUGAACGGAUUCAAGUUUCAAAUCGAGAAAGUUUCUAAGUAUAAGAAAACUAAUAACGGCAUCGUGUGUGUUGAAGGUGAUGUCGACGGUAAUGGUCAAAUCAUUGAAUAUUUUGGUGUCAUACAAGAGAUAAUAGAAGUCAGGUACCCUGGUUGGCAAAAAAAAGAUAAUUCUAUUUCGGUGCAAGUGGUUUGAUCCAUCACAUAGAGGUACCAGGGUGAAUCAACAACAUAAUAUAAUUGAAGUUAAGCACACGAGGUAAUAUAAUCUCUAUGAUCCCUUUAUCAUUGCACAAAAUGCCAGGCAGGUAUAUUAUGCUACAUAUCCAUUGCGCAGAGAUAAAGCGAAUUGGUGGGUGGUUAUAAAGACUAAGCUUGUGGGGAGAAUUGAGAUUGAGAAUGUGUCAGAUGUGUGGCAUACCAGAACGAAGUCGCAAUUGUUGAUCAAAUAGUGGAUGAUGAGUUGGAAAACAAUCUCAAACAUCCUCAACGCAUACUAGAAGAAGUUUCUGAUGAUGAGAUCAUUGACAUUGCAAAUACUGCAGAAGAAAUAGAUGAGGGAAAUGAAUCAUUCUGGGAGGACGAAUGGGACCAUGAAAAUGAAACAACGGAUGAGGAAGAAUGGGAGAAUGAUGGAAAUGAAACAAGCGAUGUGGAAGAUUGAGAGAAUAUAGAUUAACUUGUUAGUUUUUUAUGAAGGAGGAGGUGGUGGCGGCAGCUACUACAAGUGUGGUGAAGAAGGGCACUUUGCUCAUGAAUGCAAUAGUGGUGGUCGUUGAUCAUUGCUGAAACCCUCUAUGCUUUUAUUUUUAAGUUAAAAGUUAUGAUUUCCGGUGCUUUAUCUGUAGUGUUAUAUCGGAUAUCAGAUUUGGUUUCUUUUUAUAUCCUUACUUUCUAGUUUAAGUAGUUAGUAGUAUUAUCUUGAAGCUUUUUGACAAUGAGGAGUCUUAUUUUUGUUGUUGAUGCAAGGGAUAUCAAGAUCUGUAUUUAUUGGUGUUUGUGUUGGUCUCUCUUUCAAUAAUGUAGAUUUAUUAACAGUAGUCAGUUCUAUGAUCUUCUUUUCUGCUGUGCAUGUAUAGUACACAUGCUUUAUGUUAUGAAGCAAAUGCAAAAGUGAUUCACACACGAUAUGAUGCGAGAGGGGCGUGAAACUAGUUCUGGUCAUUGUGCAAAUUCAUCAGUUUCUGCAUUUUUAAUCCUUGAUAUAUAUUGUUUUCAAUUUGUACCUUAUCCUGUUAUUCUGAGCCCAUUCAUAUCCUUGUGAAACCAUGGAAGAACUCAUCUGCUGAUGAGCAAUUAGGAAUUACAUAAUGGAGGUGGGGGUUACUCCCGGUUGGUGAUUUUUCCACAUUUUCCGAUCAAAGAAUGAAAAUGUUAACAGCUGAUAGGUUAUUUCUUGAUGCCAAUCGAAGGCACUAAGUUCAUGUGAUAGAUCCUUGGCACGGGAGCUGUAUUUGUUUUCACCAGAGUUGUGUGUUUGGGGAACAAGCCUCCUUAAAUGUCCUCCUUCCAGACCCAUAUUAUUCUUUUUUCUUUUCUCUCAAUCAUCGCUCCCUGUUUUGCCUCUUAAAAAGUUCAACUCCUAUAUGAAUCAUUGACAUACUUAGUAAAAUCCCAUAAAAUCCCAUAAGUGAGGUCUAGAAAGGGUGGAGUGUACGUAGAUUUUACCACUACACAAAGAAAUAAAUGCAUUAUUGAGCAGGGGUUAAUGUAAAGGUCGAACGAUGUUGGAUACAAUAGGGACAUGGGACUAAAGCUUAAAUUACUUUGUUUUCCCUCUCUUCAAUGAACACAAAUGGAGCUAGUUGGCUUUAGACUAACAGGUUAAUAGAUUCAACAUAAAUUACAUUUAUACUUUUUAGAGUGGCACUAUCUAGAGAAUGCAAUUGUCAUUGCAGACAUGCUAGAACUGCUCGUUGGAGAUUAAAAUUUGUGUUGCACGGCAAUUCUAGAUCUACUAUGAAAUUGUUGAUACAUUGCAGUCUAGAGAUUUUAAUCUCACUUUGUAAAUUUGCAAUGUUUAUGCAAUAUCGCAUGAAAUUGUGCUGUAAAAAGAACCAAUAUCAUCCUCACAAUUAACUAUUCUAAAACUUAAACAUAUAUUGUCUUCACUUCAUUGCUACAGAUAAGAGAAACAAUCACUGCCACUCCAAAACCUAAUACAAGGAAAUUAUAUAGGACUAUACACAAGACCAGUAUAAAUGUAUUAUUGCAUCACAACCUUCAAAUCUUUAUAACCUACUGCAAUCUUCAAACACCACAACUUUCAUGAGCCCUGAUAAUAUUACAAAACUUCAGCAUAGCUGUAUUUUACUGUCAAGAUUCCUACUAUACACAUACUAGGAGAUGAGAAACUAAUGCAGAAGCUAACGAAGCUUAUUCUGAGAAACAGCCUGGCAUAAUUCAUCCUCAUAAAACAAAACUCUAUUAGAACCCAAGGGAUUUCGUACCCAUUUGAUGGUUGUUGAAAAGGACCAUUGUGUGUGAUUUACAACUUUGUGUUGAUGCUUUGCUUUCUGUUGGAAGAGGGAGACAUCGGGUAUUCGAUUUUAUGGCAAAAAGUUGGAAAUUAUGGCCCUUUCUUGAGUUAUGCUUGUUUUGACUUUAAGCUUUUAUUAAAGUUUAUUGCAAUGUUUUUUUAUGCUGUUGUUGAAUAUGCUUUAUUCGCUGGAUUAAAAUUGAGUGGUUGUGUCUCUUUGUGAAUGGUGAAGGAAUAAACUUUGAUUCUUUUUUUCUCAUAGUUGUAUAGGUAAUUGAUUAAAUACUGUUGCUCCAUAAUUUUGAAAGCAAGUUUUGAUGUUUAAUUGUUUAUACCAUUUUGUGUGUGAGAAAUUUAUUGUUAGUUCAAUGAGAGUUUGAAUGCCAGCCCAGUGAAAGUAAUAAUUUUAGUGCUACAGUACCAUUAGGCCGAAGCACUGUUAGCCAUAGUAGCAUGUUCUGCACUUUUUCGGGGCUAAUGUACAUAAUCUAACUAUUGUACAAGUCAAAAUUUCUUGGAUACUAAUGUACAUGAUCUAAAGAUUUGACUGCAGCAAAACUGACUUUAGAAUCAAGGCCUACCAGUUUUUGUUCGUUUGUGUCUUGAUUACCUAUCUCUACCAGUCUCUUGGACGGCGCCAAGCAUUCUACACUGUAUCUUGCCAUUUGCCUUUCGAUUUGGGAGGUGAUGUUGUUCUGUUACACAUGAUAGCAUCAACUUUGGUCCAAGAUAAAGAGGGCCUCGAAUUUUAACCUAAACCAUGAUAAAACUAAUCGGGGCAAAUGCAAAAGCAUGCUGCAUCUUGCAAAGAUUAUGGUCCAUUCACUGCUGUUGAAAAGAAAAGAAACAAUAGAAUUUGAAAGAUUUGCUUCUACUUUAACCAACACUGCCCUGUGUCUCUAUGUCUCUAUUUGCAAUUAUCCUGAUGAGAUUAACUUUGCCCAGAUGUUGCAAUCCUUUUGUCCCCUUUCCUCUUUCAAUCCAAAACAUUUAAGAAAAUAACAUACUGGAAACCAGAAAAAGAGAAUCAUUUACUUGCCUGCUGGUCUAGAUCACUUUGCUUUUUCGAAUUCCAUUUUUAAGGAAAACGACACAAAAAAAGAAACACUGUUUGGUAGGUCACAAACAGAAAGUUCUUCACCUCCAAAAUGCUUCACCUCAGCCAUAUUAAUUUGACACACUCAUACCAUAUCCUUAGAAUAUUCUCUUCCAAGAUAAAGAAUACACAAUGAUAGUAUUAUUAUACACAAUAGCUGAGAGGAUACGGAGGGUUAAAAACAAUAGCUUAUCCUGUAUAAUAUGUUCAAGUAACAUGAAUUCACUAUGUUCUGUAUCAGCAAUCAGGUAUUGUUUUCAGAAAAAAGCUGGAUGUUCUCUGCUACUUUAAAAAAUCAGAAAUUAUUGUUUCAGCAGUAGUCUUAUAAGCAGUAGGUAGUUUAAUGUAAUCUUGCAUACAGAUGCUAUCCGGUGGUAGCGGUGAUCGGCCUGGUCCUGAUAAGAAUUCGAAGUCAACUACUAAAAAGAAAUCUAGGACGCCAAUAAAUCCUGAUGAUAUUCCUGGUCGACUUUCUUCACAGCCAAAGAUGCACACUUCUUUUUCAGGGAGGUCUUAUGUCCCACUUGGCACUGGUAAUCCUGUAGAUUAUCAUGGUCCCAGAAAGCAGCGAUCGGUGUGCACUUCUUAUGCUCCACAUACUUUCAGGCCUCCUACAGAUAUAGGGACUUCGAGAUUAUCACCUGGUACUCCAUCCCCUCGCUAUUCAUCCCCCCACCUCUCAAGAUUGCGGCUUGCGGCUGAGAGACAGCUCUGACUCCAAUGCACAGACAUCUACUUCCCUCAGUUACCGAACGUUGGGUACUCCCGAGAGUAGCAUCUGCAUUUGGAUCUGCACCUCCACCUCCACCUGUAGCAGAUGAUACUAAUGCACAUUUGAUUGGUCUCAUUCCUGGAGAUAAGGACAGUCUUGGUAGAGUCUUCAUCGAGCCUGAUGGAUCUACGUGCCAUCCCGCAUCAAAAGAAGUUAAUAAGGCAGUAAGGGAGAGCGUUAGGAGGCUUUUUUCACAACCUUGGCACAGUUGGUCGGAGAUUCCAGAAGACCAUAGACAAGCCAUGUUUGAAGAGUUCAAGCACAAUAGAGUUAUAUCCACUAUUUUUUAGAGGAAUGUUGGUGCAACGCUACGCAACUGGCUUGAACGUGUUAGACGUACAGGCAAUGUUGCACAAUGGAUUCUCAAAGACGUAUAUGAUGAUUUGUGUAUUUAUUGGGAAUCUCCUGAAUAUAAGGCACUCUCUGAGCAAAAUAAGAAAGCUAGAGCCAGUUUAAAAGGUGGCUCAUUGCGCACCGGAGGUGCAAAGAGUGUCGUGGUCAUAGUUUGAGAAAUGGAGAAGAACUUGGGUCGCGAACCAACUCAACUUGAGGUCUUCUGACGAACACAUCUGAAGAAAAAGACGAUGAAUCGGACCCGAAUGUGUGGGUUGAGCGCAGGGAUGAAAAUGUCAAUCAUGAAUAUAUACGCUACUUGUCUGAAUUUGGUUCAACUGAGCCUACAAAGGAGGAAUCAAAUAAAAUUUAGACCGAAAAAGUGGCGGGAGGAAAAAAAAAAAGGGGGGGGGGGGGGGAACCUAUGGGUUUGGUUCUCGAAAUGAGUUACGAUGUCUUCGUGCUGGAUGGGCUCAGCAGAUUACAAAUCUUUCACGUGCCUUCGCACAGUCCGUUGCUCAAAAUGAAGUCAUGAGCAAGACUGUCGAGGAACUCAAGAAACAAGUGGUUAGCAUGAGUCGUCGUCGUCACCGUUCUCCAUCUCCCGAUUCAAGUAGCAAAGAAGAAACUGAAAGUGAUGAGUUUGUUGACACUGCUCCUUAGUGUUAGUUUGAUUUGCUUCUAAACUUUUUUUAGACAUUAAUUCUUGAACUUAACUUUUAACUUUUGAAUUAAGAAGCUUAAAGACUCAAGUGUUUUGAAUGUUUUUGAAUUACCUGUUAAGUGUUUUUGAAUAUUGGAUAAGUGUUUCGGAUGUUGUUGAAGCGUUGAUGAUUUGAAUUA